GUGGAGAAGGCGUAUAAAAUGGCGCAGAAGCUCGCUUUGCAGCACUGACCGCUAUUACACAUACAUACUUCUUAUCAAUGCAGAAGUUCGGGGACCGAGGACUUCUCCUGAGGAGUUCAGUCGUCCGCCUGCUUUCCAUGAGUGCCAUAAUGGGCAAUGUGUGUGGGCUCUCCGGCGCCCUGUGGCCUGGGCCCAAGGCCCAGCUCCCAGAGGGAGACUUCGGCCAGCGAAUGCUGCAGCAAUGUCGCCGUGUGGAAAAACCCAACGCUCCCGUGGAUCUGGAGCACUUCAAGGCGUUAUCGGAGAAGUUUCCAGCCAAGUUUGGCAUCGACACCUGCCGGGUGAAGGCGCAACCGGAGGAUCGCAGCCGGAAAAUCCGGGAGCAAAUCGCCUCCGCCUAUCCGGUGAUUCAUGAGAGGACUCUCCUGCUGUACAUCAGUUUCCUGGAGCACAAGCUCAAGUUCGGCAGCAAGCAGGAGAAGAGCGUCUACAGGGACAUGACAGUGGCGGACUUUGUGCAGCGUCUCCUGGCGAAGAGAUGUGUCUUUUUCUUCGACGGCAGCGACUUCUACAAGACCAUGGAGGGCCAUACCGGACACGAGGGCUUCGAGCAGGUGGGCACGGCGGCGGAGAAGAGUCCCCUGACACUGACCUCGGUGCUCAGCUACGACGAGAUCAAGCUGGCCGCCCUGCUCUACGUGUCCACCCACUCGGAGUUCAUCAACAACGGACGCAGGUCGAAUGCCGGCGAGGUGACCCAGGACAAGAGCACCAUCGAGCGGGAGGGCGUGAUCGUGGGCCUGAUUGGGGCCCGGUUCGAGCGGCCCUAUGUGAUGGAGUACCAGGACAUUAUGAUCACCCGGACGCAGAACACCCCGGCCAGGGGCUACGGCCUGUCCUCCAGUGAGACCGAUACCCCAGCCACGGAUUUGCGUCGCAUUUGGCGGCAGUUCUACGAGGAGCCCCAGGACUUUGUUUUCGGUGAAACACCCAGGAAUCGGGAUCGUUUCGAGGAGGUCGCCGAGGGAGUUUUCGACCACCAGGUGAUGCGCAAGCGCUACGCCAUCAGCUUCGACACGCUGCUCCUGGAGGCCCAGGACAGAGCACUCAAGGCGGGCAAACCCGCCUACAUCCAUGUCGUGGGCAUUGGCUUGGGCGUCUGGAAGGCCGCUACUCGCCAGGAGACCACCUUCUUCCAGGCCUUCGAGGAGCGCUUGCAGGCUCUGGGCGCACGUCUCAGCCACAUUGGGGUGGUGCACUUCUCCUGGUUCCACACCCGUGGCUUCGGCGGCCUGUACGACGGAGCCGUGUUCCCCGUGGAGAAGCAUCCGCAGGGCGGCAUUCUCAUCCGCAAUUCGGCUCGAAAUCCCGCCGACAAGCUGCAGGAAGACAUGCUGCCCGUGGUGACCUACGCCUGGGAUGGCAACGCCCUGCCCGGCAACGAGUUCUGGGCGAACUCCCUGACCGCCACUGGGGAUCCGGCUGCAGCCUGCUCCACGCUGAUUGCCGAGCUGCAGAAUGCCCAUAUAAACAGGGACUACAUGAGUGGGGCCAACCUGCACAUCGCCUCCGUGGAGCACGGACUACUUCACGUGGGCGACUACGCCAGGAAAGUGAUCGUCUGAACUAGCCUUUAAAGAUGGUACUUUACAUUAUCCAUGAUACUCCCUACGCCUCAUAAAGGGGGGCAUUUUUAUAUGGCAUUUGUAACUUUAUGCACAAGAGAGCGGUGUCGAGAACCACUCAGCCCAUAAUCUCAGGGAUCUAGGGCCUUUAGAACAUAUAUAUACCAUUUUCUUAACGAUUUAUAUACACUACACAUCGAAAUACUAAACAAACAAAUAUUAUUAUAUAUGUAUAUGGAACCUUUGGUAAUAGAUUUUGGAAAAACGUUUAAAAAAUGCAACUUUAACUUGAAAUAUAAACUUUACAAAAAGCGGGCGGUAUCGAAUACCACCCAAACAAUAA